UGCUGCCCGUACGGUCUCGCCGGGUUCGUCAUCGUGGUACGGUGCCCUAUAACGUGCACUAGCCAGAUAAAGCGAAUCAGUUGCUUUCGGCCGUUCGAUAUUUUCGCAGCUCGCAGCUCCGACCGCGACCAGAGACCAAGAGCGUACGCAAGGUGUUAAGAUCGAUACAACCAGUGCAUCGCCGCGGAUCUGUGAUCAGUUUCCGUUGCCGGUUUGGCAUUCGAAUUCGUAUGCGAACCGAAUGAAUUUGUUGCAACAUAUCUUUCUAUGUGUGUAUUUGAAGGAAGGUUUUGAUUCUGUUAGUGUGUGAGUGUGUGAUUUUGUGGGUUCGGUUGGAGCCUUUCCACCGUAUACCAUUUCGUGGCGAAAUUUGGCGCGCACCCGAAGAAAAGGUCCUUCAAAGGUGAUUAGUCACUAGAGGCAACGGAAAAUAAAGGAAAGCCCACUAAGGGAGCGUAUCUGUUGAAGUGUUUUCACUAGUGAAAGUAUAGUGCUUAUGUGUGUAUAUGUGUGUGUGUGUUGAUUUGCUUGUGUUCAACUAAGUAUCCUAAUCGGAUUAUAAGUAGCGUUAAAACCAUAAUCGAUCUACAAAUUAACUGUUACGAUCAUUUAGAACGCAGAAAUUGACAAAAAAAUUGCAGUUUAAAAUCAGGUCCCGCUCGGUUGCCAGAACAAAUGCGCUGACCCUUGACCUCAAACCCUUGACUCACGGUAACCAGACACUAUCAACCAGACACGAGAUUUCUACCGUUUCCUGUGUUUAUCAAUAAAGGUCCCUCUUUUGGUAGGAUACGAUAUCAAACGAAAUCACCAUAAACUGGGCUACGCUUGAAAGAAUUCCCAAACACUCACUAACGUGCAAAGUGGACCAACACCGGUAACAAACUAAAAAAAAAAAAUUAACUUGAUCCGCGUACAUUUUUCUGCUUCCGUUAUUGCUCAUCGAAGCAAGUGAAGAAACCCCAGGAAAGCAGCGCCGUAUCAUCAUCAUCCGUUUGAAGGGUGCGGUGGAAAAUUAUACGCAUCCCGACCCCGACACACAAGUACGCGUCUGUUCCCGCGCUGACCGGUUGAAGUGGGUAAACCGUCAGAAAAAGGAUACACCACCGAGGACGAUACGCGGAAGAAAAUUAGUACCCACUCUGUUCGGUGAAAUAAUUUUAAUUAAAUUCAGUUCACGUUUAACGGGCGGCGCACGUCCGGGAAUUGAGAGCGCGGGCUAGUAUUAGCGGGCCUGGGUCCCGGUGUACUAAGCUUUCAAUUAGUUUUUUUCCACUGUUGGGAAGUAUCAUUUUACCGCUGUGAAGCAUACUUCGCAGUAAGGACGGUUUGUUGGUUGAUCAUCCUGCCGGGCCGACACGGAUGAUAUUUCAACGGGCUACAACAGUCGGUGCUGCAGCUUAAAUUACCGAAAACGGCAAGAUAACACUUUCUUUGAUUUGAUAGCAACGACCACCAUCAUCAACAUGGAUUCGAAAUCCACAUUACUCGCCAUUAUCUGUCUGCUGGGUAUGGCGCUGCUAGUGCAGGGUAAUGGUAACGAAACGCGGCACGAUGCUGAGGGCAAGCAGUACCGACGCUACAAGCGCAUGUACGUGAUGUGUCCGCCAAAGUUUAGUCGCAUCGGUAACGAGUGUUACUACAUCUCGCCGAGCAAACAGAACUGGCUCGAUGCGUACUUCGAGUGUAAGGAUCAUAACAGCAAGCUGGCCGAACCGAUGAAGUACGAGGACAAACAUCUCAGGCGAUAUCUGCAGAAAAUUAACCUGUCAGAAGAUCUCUGGAUUGGCGGUACAUUUAACUGGAAGGUGAACAAAUGGCAAUGGGGUCACAAUGGACGCGACAUCGAGUAUCAAUCGUUCAGCCAAAUGAUUCCUGGGAGCAGCAAGGAUUUGAAAUACAACUGUGCACUGCUACGGUCAGACCUCAAAUACAGAUGGUCGGCUGAAGAGUGCACAAAGAAAAUCAAUUUUAUCUGUCAACAUCGUAUGCCGCUAGUGUCCGCAUCCGGACGGUACAGUUUGUAUGACAAAUGGAACAAAACCUAUCCCGAUCAGAAGGCGAACGAGAAGCUGGUGUUCAUCAUGAACGAACCAAACAAUCGUAACCGAAGCAAUAACAAUGAGAAGCCACGCAUCUUCAAUAGCAUGAAGCGGGUAAUGCAAUCGAACCCUUCGAUUAAACCACGUCCCGAGCACAAGCGCAAACCGUACCAUAACAGGAAGACUGUUGAGGCUGCUACCGGACCUUACUACAUUCCGCCGGAAGUGGUGGUUGGUCGCAAGCAACAUCUCGCCCAGUAUGCCCCGGACGCACCGAACGAUAUUAACACGAUCGAUAAUGGACAUCGAAAUGGGUACCAUUCGGGUUCACAGUUUAACGUUGACUUCCACACCGGACGCAAUGGCAAGAACCGUCUAGUGAGCAUGCCGAGCAGCUAUCGGCUGGGGCAUGGUUCGGCGGCACGUGUGGAAGCACACGGACCACAUCAACACCGUCACCAACCGGGAAUGCAUAAAACCACCAAACGGACCCACUACUUUAUGCCGACACGUCCACCGACUACACCGAGCACUACCAUCCCUACGACGACGACGACGACGACGACGACUACCACCACAACUACAACACCAAGACCGCGAACUACCAGCCGACCAACGCCGACAAUGAGAAUCCCUUACUUCCCGCCAGCUACUACCAACAUCCUUAAGCACCACACGACCCACUCGAUGACGAUGGACGAAAGGAAGCUUAAGCGGGAUCAAUUGCGCGAACGGCUCCAGAGGUUAUCGUGGGAGGAGCAGCAGCUAUUCUUCCAGGAUCGUGCCAAGCGAAAGAAGCUGAAGGAGGAACGCCAGAAGCAGCUGCAGCGCGAAAAUGAGGUGGUGCAGUAGAAGGGCACGCAGGUUCCUACCGUUGGCGAUAAGAAGCUUUCCGUAAGCUUAACCUUCCCGUAGCGUUAGUGGAGGACUUCUUCGGGACUAACCAACACGAACAAAAAAACAACUAUAGAUGAGACGAACGAUGGCGCACAUCCAACAACCUCAAGUCAAUCCAACUUAACUUAAUCCAACAACUUUUAACCUCAAUCCGGAUCCGGAACGAGUGCUCCACAAAACAAACACACAUAUCCAAUAUACUUGGAACAUAGAAAUUCGUUACUGUGCACUACACUGAUCUGAUUUGACGGUUUUUUACGAGUUGCUUCAGACCAUACUUAUGGAGAAAAUAGAAAAAGUCACUUUAAAAUACAAAAGCCUCACUAAGAGUUGCGUUCUUCGUAUUUUCUGAUUACGGUGUUACAUAGUAGCAUACAAUCAGACUCAUACUAAAGAGAAGAAAUCGAUAAGUUUGGAGUGGAAAUUACAGCAAAACCCAGCAAGAUAGUGAACUAAACAAAGCAAAUAGUAAACAUACUGUGACACAGUGGCAGUAUCUAACACGCUAGUACUUUAGUGCAUUAAGAAUGUAUAAGAGCAAAAAAAAAAGUUGAAUAAAUUCGUUCAUAAACAAAACGGAACCACUUUUUCCACUCCCCGGUAACAACAAAACGUCUUUCGCGCAUUAAUGUAAAAUCUUACAAUCUCGUUCAAUGCAACUGUUUAGACAACAACUAGAGCGUUUAGAGAGGUAUACUAAGGGUAUAAGUUCGACCAAAACGAGUUAAGUAGAUUGAAUGAUAAAACUCACUAAAUAUGAAACAUUUGAGUAGCAUAACCUCAAAGGGUAUCAACCAUUGGCAGAACAAAGUAGUGACUAGAGAAGGGAUAAAACAAUCUGCAAAGAAAAUGUAUACAGACUAAAGUAAAGCUUUCCCCUCUUUUAAGAAAUAGUACUAACAGAAGUAGUAAACAGAAAGGAAAAGGCAUGUGUUUAGGUGUGUCUUUCUGUUGCGACGAAGCGGAAAGCAAUACAAAAAAUGGUGGCAAGCUGCAGAAAAUAUGCAGAAUGUUUAGGAAAAGAAUUGAUAAAACAAGGGAAGAAACAAAAACCCAAUCGCCGACCAUGUCCUUGUCGAUGUAAAAUUAAGACUAACAUUAGCGCUUAGUUCUAAUUGCCAUACUAUUAAUACUUAUUGCUACAAUCACUACUAUUAUGAUGAUGAUUAUUAUUACCAUCGCUGCUCGUUCCUAUCACUUUCGACGCAAGAGUCAGUAUUGGAGCGAAUGCAACCGGUGGCACUUAUUACAUGAUUUAAAGAAUUCGAAAAGCUAAUUGCAAAACAAAAAGGAAUUAAAUAAAUGAACCGAACCGGCCGCACAAAAUAAAACCUGUGACCUGCGGGAAACAGACCACGUUUCUCUCGCAAACAGCAAAGUAAAAACGCCAAACGCGAAAGCAUAACUAUUUGUAACUUUAAAUCUACAAAAAGAAAACACAAAAUAUUUAAAGCAAAACUACAAAACCAGAAACACGCAAACAAUGGAAACAAACGAAACGUCAUCAACGGUGGUCAGUGACCGUUCGUUGCGUAGGGAAUCAAGCUAGUUAUGUGCCGCGAGAAUGAAGAAGUCGUUGAAGAUGAUUUAGAUUCUAUACGAUAAGCUAUCUUGUAUACGCGGGUGUGUGAAAGUUCGCCUGCGAAUUGACACACGCAUACGGAUAUGUUCCGAUGCAACCAACAUUAAAGCAUAGUGUUAAAGGUCACGCAUACAACGAUUUCAAACGAAAAGGUGAUUACAGUCAGCAAUCGGUAGUCGGUUCGCGAUGUACAAGGCAGAACCAAAAUUUGUAGGUACAUCAAUCCACCUCAAUCAUGCCAUUUCCAACGGUGGAGUUUAAUGUCCCAUUGGAAUUGGGGCAGCACACAUUUGCAUUGUUUUACAAAGAAAAGCAUACUACUGGUUGAAAUAAAGUAUUACUUGAG